AUGCCCUCACUCGCCGUCGUCCGUGAGUCGAACGCAAAGUUCUCACCGCCUACACCUCCUGUCGCAAUCUUCCUGGGCGGGACGUCCGGCAUCGGACAGGGCACUGCACAAGCUUUCGCGCGUCACACCAAGGGCAACGCACACAUCAUCAUCGUAGGGCGGAACCGCGCCGCCGCCGAAGCGAUCAUCGCGACAUUUCCCAAGGCGCCCAACUCGAAGUACGAAUUCGUAUACUGCGAUGCGAGCCUCAUACGCAACAUACCCGAAGUGACGUCCCCGCUCCUCGCACUCCCGAAGGUGAACUACAUGGUCCUGAGCAGCAACGUGCUCCCGCCCCUAUGGGACCUCGUACGCGGCGUACAGCAUCUAACGGAGGAAGGCCUCGACCGCUCGCUAGCCACAAUGUUCUACUGCCGCACGAAGUUCGUGCUCGAUCUCCUGCCACUCCUCCAGAAGGCGAGGGAUGCUGGGGAGGACGCGCGAGUCCUGAACAUUGCGUCCGCAGGGUAUGGUGGUCCCAUCGAUUUCAGUGACAUGGGGAUGCGCAAGACCUCCGGUGUGCUGAAGAGACGAGGGAUCUCGACGACGUACAUCGACUCGACGAUGGAGAUCUUUGCCUCCCGCGUGCCCGGAGCGAUGUUCUCGCACAAUUGGCCCGGUCUAGUCGACACACCGGUCCUACCCUGGUUGCUGAGGACUCUGGCGAAGCCUGUCGCUAUAUCGAUUGCCGACUCCGGAGAGUACAUGCUUUAUGCGCUGCUCAACGGACGCGCGGGCGCGCAGCGCUCGGGCGAGCGCGGUGACGAUCUCGGGCCGGCGGGCUACUAUGGUGGAGACGAAGUCCGCGAGCGGGUCUGGGCCCACACGACGGAGGUCUUCGAGAAGGCGUUAGCUGCGGGCUCCGCGCAGAGCGGGGUCAAUGUCUGA